CCUAUAAAUACUUCCUAAGGAAAGUUUUGCAUCAUAUCCUAAGCAAUCAGAAAACUCUCUUGAAAAAGCUCAUUAAAUCAUUCUUCAUCUUGUGAUUGCUUCUCUGCUAUAUUAAACCAUGGGUUUCCGCGGUUUUCUGUUUGGUAUGGUACUUGUUGCUUGUGUGAUAAGUACCGUGACAGUACCAAUUGCUGCUCGUCAUCUUCUAGAAGCUUCUAAGCCGGAAGUGCCUGAACUUCCGAAACCCACCUUGCCUGAGCUUCCUAAACCAGCUUUGCCUGAACUUCCAAAGCCUGUGUUCCCUGAGUUGCCUAAGCCCACAUUGCCCGAACUUCCAAAACCUGUCAUACCAGAAAUACCAAAACCCAAAUUGCCUGAGGUGCCCAAGCCUGCAUUUCCGGAGCUUCCUAAACCUGCAUUGCCUGAGCUGCCAAAACCUAAGAUGCCUGAAAUCCCUAAACCUACAUUGCCUGAACUUCCCAAGGUCACAAUGCCCGAGCUUCCCAAAAUCACAGUACCCGAGCUUCCUAAACCUGUUGUGCCUGAACUCCCAAAGUCUGCUGUCUCGGAAAUUAUAUUUACAUCUUGUACUGAAUAUUUGGUUGUAUUCUUUGUGGCAUCAUCUGUUGAACUUUAUGAAGAUUUAAACAUUGCACAACCUGUUCCACAUAAAACGAUCUGCUAUUCUCGAAAUCAUGGUGUGACUGUUGAUGCUCGUCUCCUUCAAGAAGAGGCAACACAACCCUCGACAAUGUUGGAAGACUCACAAGAUGACCCAGGGUCACUAAACUCGGAAGACACACUUGUAUUUCCAGACGCACCAGACUCAUCAAAUUCGCCACAGACUUCCUCGCCAGUUUCUUAUAAUCUCACAAUGCCUCAACUUCCGAAGGUUGCAUCACCUCAGCUGCCACCUAGUCUGCUGAAUCUCCAGUUGCCAAAAACCAAGACGUCUGAAAUUUCAAAUCUUACAACGUCUGGCUAUGUGAAUGUGACAUUUGCUUUUAGAACUUACAAGCAUCAUGAAAGUGGAAUGGAAGGAUCUGGACGAGUAAAAUCUUGCAAGUCAUAUUGUACUUCCUCUAGAAAUACUGAAAGAAAUAAAGAUAACUUAGAACAAUUUUCUUUAGCUUAUCUCAUUAGUCUAUACUCAAUUAUAGCUUGUUUAAUUAAUCAAUUGUUCAUAGCUUCAACCAUGUGUACUCGUAUAUUUAUCUUCGUUGCGUUGGUUGUUGCUUGCAUGAUGAGCACAAGCAAUGUGCCAGUGGAAGCUCGUCGACUCCUAGAAGUACAUGUCUCGGAAAUUCCUAAACCAGAUUUGCCUGCACUUCCAAAACCCACCUUGCCCGAGAUACCAAAAUUAGGAGUGCCUGAACUUCCAAAGCCCACUUUUUCAGAGUUACCAAAACAUGAAGUGCCUAAACUUCCACAACCACAUGUGCCAGAGAUUCCCAAGCCUUCUUUGCCCGAGCUACCAAAACCAAAUAUGCAUGAGCUGCCUAAGCCUACCUUACCCGAGUUGCCAAAACCAGACUUUCAUGCACUUCCAAAACCUAAUGUGCCUGAAAUUCCAAAACCCACAUUGCCCGAGCUACCAAAACAUGAAGCGCGUGAACUUCCAAAACCUAAUGUACAUGAAAUUCCUAAGCCCACCUUGCACGAGCAACCAAAACCUAUUGUUUAUGAAAUUCCAAAGCCCAUAGCUGAGCUACCAAAACCAGAAGUGCAUGAAAUUCCAAAAUCUAAUGUACAUGAGAUUCCAAAGCCUACCUUACCCGAGUUGCCAAAACCAAAAACACAUGAACUUCCAAAACCUAGUGUACAUGAAAUUCCUAAGCUCACCUUACCUGAGCUACCAAAACCAGAUGUCCAUGGACUUCAAAAACCAAUUGUACCUGAAAUUCCUAAGCCUACCUUACCUAAGAUACCAAAACCGGUAGUUCAUGAACUUCCAAAACCUAUAGUUCCUGAAAUUCCUAAACCCACCUUGCCUGAGAUUCCGAAACCAGAAUUACAUGACCUUCCAAAACCAAUUAUACCUGAAAUAUCUAAGCCUACCUUGCCUGAGAUACCAAAACUAGAAGUGCAUGAUCUUCCAAAACCUAUAGUUCCUGAGAUUCCUAAACACACCUUGCCUGACAUUCUGAAACCAGAGUUACAUGACCUUCCAAAACCAAUUAUGCCUGAAAUUCCUAAGCCUACCUUGCCUGAGAUACCAAAACCAGAAGUGCAUGAUCUUCCAAAACCUAUUGUGCCUGAAAUUCCUAAGCCUACCUUACCCGAGAUACCCAAACCCCAAGUACAUCAACUUCCACAACCUAUUGUGCCCGAACUUCCUAAGCCCACCUUGCCAGAGCUCCCUAAACCUGUAAUGCCAGAAAUUCCCAAGCCCACAUUCCCGGGUGUCCCAAGCAAACCAUGAAGUGCUUAAAAAUAUUGUGAAAUAUUUGUUAUUGUUCACCCUUAUAUUUAUUAAGAAACAACUUAGUUGAAUGUGUGUUUUUAUUUAUAUGAUCAUAGUAUUAUGCUUUUGUCUCUA